AUGUCAUCAAAAUCGUGUAAUUCUUUUAUAACAAAUGAUUUAAUUCAAAAUAUUCAAAAUCGUUUUAAUAAAAAAACGAGUAGACCACCACCAUCUUCUUCUUCAACUGUUCGCACCUAUAGUCUACAUGAUAUAAAAUCAAGAAUUAAUUAUUUUGAGAAUAAAUUAACGGAUGAAUUACAUUCAUUGACAACAACAACAAAUUUAUCGAAUGCUGAUAAAGGUACUAAUCAACGUGUGACAAAUUUAAAUAUUGCUAGGUUUCUCAUUUUUAAAGAGAAUAGUGAAACAACAGCAACAAUCACUGUCAAAAAACGUCUAAAAUCUCUUGAAUGUAAACAAACACCGGAAACAUUGCAAAAUGUUCUCGUAAAUACAUUAGCAAACACAUGUUUAAAAGAGUCAUAUGGGAAUGCAUUAAGUCGAACAAUGAACUCUAUAGCAUCAUCACGAAACAAUCAUAGUUUAUCUACUAGUCGUUUAAACAAAAUGAUUAUGAAUCGUACGCGUACAUUAUCAUACGAUGGGGCUUAUAGUGGUGGUGGUGGUGGUGGUGGAAGAAAACAAUUGUCAAAUAGUUUGUCGGAAUUAAGUGCUUUAUCAAAAGAUGAUAUUGAACGAACAAGUGAUACAUUUGUAUCGAAUGUUGACUUGGAAAAUACUUAUUUCUAUCCAUAUACAGAAUAUGAUGAUGGAGCAACGUCUAAAUUAUACGAUGAUAGUCAACAGACAACAAAUGAUCUUUAUUCAGGAGCUGUAAGUUUAACAACGAUAACAUCGGAUCAUCCAUCUAAUUCAACAUUAGCCACAUCAAAUUCGGAAAAAUUCUGUAAACAACAUCAAUAUAAACAAUCUGAUGAAAAUACAUGCUUAGAAUAUUCAGAUGGCGAUUUUGAACAAGAACUUUUGUAUCAGUCAGAUAUGGACGAUAUCUCCGAAACAACCACAACAAUCUCGGCAGCAGCUGCCAACAACUCUACUGCAGUCAAACAACGAAAAAUACGAAAAAAUGGCGAAGUUCCAGCACAAGAGCAAGACAAUGAAGCGUAUGAUAUUAGUAUACAAUUCGAUAUAUUGGCAAAAGAAUAUGCCAAUAGCCAGUCAAAAGAGGAUGUGCAGCACAAUCCGUUAGCGUUGGCUAUUUAUCUUAGCACACCAAGUGAAACAACAACAACAAUUUCAGCAUCAGAAAACGAUUAUCAAACGACAUUGAACACGAAAUGUACUAUUGAUGAUAAUGGGCUAUUUAUAAACAAAAUAACAGAUUCGUCACCAUCUGUUAAAAUUUGUCUAAAUCUCUCACAAGUCAACGCAAUUUCUCAUGGAAAAGUCAGUAUGUGCGAAUCUGAGAAUACUGAUGAUCUAAAAACUUCUGCUGAUCGAGAAUUAAAGACUAUUGGUUCUGUUGAUCGAGAAUUAAAAACUGUUGAUUCUGUUGAUUGUGACGAUAAACAAAGUGAUUUUUCUGGUCUUGUUCAUGCUACUAUAUUAGAAAUAAUGCCUGAAAAUAAUUUAUCUGAUUAUGAUAACAUGAAUACAAACGAUGAAAUCUCCUUAUCUUCGUCAUCACCAAUUACGAAGAUUAUUAAACAACAAAGUAAGAGCAACAACAACGAAAAUAGUACUGUAAGAUCAAAUGUAGACACGAUGUCUAUAACAUUAAAUAAUCAUCAUAGGAAGAUCAAUAACAUUUUAUCAAAUCAUAGUAUGAAUAUUCAACAUUUAUCAACGGAGGAUUUACAACUUCGCAUAAUUGAUCAUGCUAAACAUUUUAAUGAGAACAAUGAUUUUAUUUCAAGGAUUGAUCAUACAACAGAUGAACAAGAUAAUAGUUCAGAAGAAACAAACGAAAUGAGGUAUUGUUCUGACGCUAAAAUCAAUAAUAGUAGUAGUGGUAUCAAUUUUGAAAGUGAGACAACUGAUAAUAGUAGUACAAAAUUACGACAACAAGCACUUUGUGUAACACGUGUACGUUGUAAACGUCGAAAAACAUGGCUACGUGAUAAUUCACCAUUAACAAAAACAAAUUUCAUCGAUUAUUGUCCAUAUAAUCCAAAUUACAUACCAUUUGAAAAAGAAGAUUUUGAAUUAUCUCAUGAACAACAACAACAACAGCAACAAUCACAAAAUAAAAAAAUAAAAACAACAUCAUCUAUUUUUAAUUCACAACAAUUAUCAUUGGAAAAUAAUACUACUACAAAUAAUUUUCUACCAUUAUCAUCGAUUGAUGCUAAUAAUAGUGAAUUAAUAUCAGACAAGAGUAAUAAGACAUCACCAGUAAUCGAUGAAAUUACUAAUUUAUUAUCAAAAUUUUCUAGCAAAUCUCAUAAAAUAGCCAAUGAAACAGUUUGUUCAAAACGACAGUAUGUACCUGUUAAUGAUCAACAACUACUAUCAUCAUCAACAAAAAUGAUACAACGUCAAAAUAGAGCAAGCCAUGAACAUGACUAUGGUAAUGAAAAUUCUAUUACCAAUCAUCUUAAUGAAGAUAUGCAACAUUCUUCAACAUCGACAGACAAUAAUCACAUUUCACCAUUAUAUAAAGAUUCAUCAUUACCCGUAAAUAAAGAUAUUGAUUUUCAAUCAUCAACAUCACUUUUGAAUGAUUAUUAUCUUCUUCGUCACCAUCUUCAACAACAACGACAACAACAGCGAGUAAAUCGAUCAAAAUCAAAUAGUCCACCAAAUGAUGACAUACUAACAACAACAACAACAACAACAACAAAUAAACAUAAUACACAUUAUUCAUUAAAUGAUAGUCUUGAUUCAAAUAUUGAAAUAAUGGAAUUAAGUGAACAAGAAUGUAUAUUUGAAAUUGUUGAUGGUGUUUUGACAAUUGUGCCAAAAGAAAAAACCAAAAAUGGAACGGAUAUGAAUCAUUUUAAUGGAAAACAUGAUAUAAAUAUGGAACAUCAAAUGAGAAUACAAGAGAAAAAUGAUGAUGAUGAUUUUAAACGAAUAAUGGACCGUUCGGAAUCUGUUGCAUCAUCAAUUUCUACACCAUCCAUAUCCGAACAUGAACAAUCACCACCACCAUCAUAUGCCAUCGAAAAUAUUGAAAAUUCAGUUGACAAGAAUAAUCCAGAACCGUUUAUAUUAUCUCGUAACUUAAUGGAUACAGACACAUUUUCGACGCCACCAGCUACUCACAAAGUGACUGAAUUUAACAAUAAAACUAUUAAAUCAGAAUCUCAUGGUGAUAAUAACUUGUUAAAUUUCGACGAUUCGUUAUCAUCCUGCGCAUCAUCACGAUCAAACUCAUUGUCUGAAGAAGAUGAUCUUUUAUCGUCGGUAAACAGUUUAAAAAAUGAUCAACAACCAUCAUCUACAACCGAAAAACAGACAAACAAAAUGAAAACAUCAGUUGAUAAUCAUACAUCGUCUCCGCCAACAUCACUUCUGAUCGAUUUAGAUGACGAUCAAGACGAUAUAGACACGAUAAAAAAAGGAGAUUCAUUUGUGCUUAAUGAAAAUACAAAUGGUUCAAAUAUCUUUAGUUUAGAGCAUACAAAACAGGAUAUCAACCCUAUAAAAACAACCGAAUCUACAACGAAAAAAACUUCUCCAGAUAGUUCUAUUUCUUCAUCGUCAUCGUUAUCAUCACCUUUGACAGCAGCCACUAAACCACAACAACCACUUUCAUCUUCUGCUAAAAAUACCGUUGUUGAACAUCAAACACGAAAUAAUAAAAAUAAUUUAUUGAGUGAAUUAUUACAAAAACGUCCUGAAGUACAACCAGUCGAAGUUUCAAUCAAAACAGAUGAACUAAUUUCUCCUCUAUCUUCAUCCGGUGAUAAUCAUCAUCAACAGCAACAACAACAGCAACAACAACAAAUAACAGAAAAUACCGUUGAAGAAAAACAAUAUCCAUUACCAAAAACUGAACCACCACCACCAGCAAAAGCGCUCAGCAAAACUCGUAUCAAUGAAUUUGCUAAUUUAUUAUCAGCAUCUGUCCAUUUAGCGAAACCUCCCGAACCACAGGUACCUGUCAAAAAACAACAAACACCGAUUAUUAGACCAAGUUCAGCUAAAAAUACUACAUCAGCAAUACAUUCACCACCAUCUCCAACCCGUUCAGAAGAUCAAAGUUUUACAUCUGUACCAUCGCUAAGUAGUGAUCGUGAGGAACGUGAUUCAUAUCAUACAGUAAAAUCAAAUAAUUCGGAUAAUACAACAAUAGAAUCCAAACCAAUUGAUGCACGUUACAGUGAAAAAAUAGAUGAUCGAACAUCCAUAACAAUAAAAACAGCAAAUAUCAAAGCGUUAUUUGAACAAAAACUAUCGCUAAAUGAUGGCACAAAAUCACUGUCAGCAUCCAAUGAACAAUUACUAAAUAAUUCAUCCGAUAGUAGUAAUAAUUUAACACCAAGACAACAUAAACGAGUACCAAUAUCAUAUGGUAGUUUAAAAAAAUCCAUGCAAACACACAGAUUAACAAGUAUAAUAAGUAGAGAUCAACAAAACAUAUUACCUACCCAUCCACCACAGUUAAGAAGAUCAUCACAAAACGAUUUGACACACGCAAUGAAUAACUAUGGAAAAUAUGCGAAUCGUACACCGAAAGAUGUUGUCAUUGAAGAUAUACCACCUGAACGUUCAACAGACUUGAAUACAAGCGGUAACAUGAACGAUACAUUUCGUUCCAAUGAUUCAACUUCAUCCUCUUCAACAGGCAGUCAAGCAUUUGAAAAAUUUAAUAUUAAACCUCAAACACAUUCUCCAUCAGAAUCUUUAAUAGCCAAAGAAAUACGAGAAUUAAACGAAAAAGAAGAAGAACUUAAACGACAACAUAAAAAAUGUGGUUUAAACUAUGAUCAACAAGAAAAUGAAUCGACGAUACAAAUUGUAGUUGAUCGCCCGCCGACUGAUCCGGUGCUCAAACGAGAAGCUCGUGGUAGUACAUCAUUUUUAUCCAAUUUAGACUUUUUUACUUCAAAAGUAGCAUCUUCGACUACAUCCUCACCAUCAUCACAUCGAAAUUCAAUUUCAAACGGCUCUGGUAAUGAACGCCGAUCAUCAGCCACUACAACAGCAACAUCGGCAACAAUGCCAGUGGACACAACUCUUAUUUACGAUUCAUCGGCAUCCUCUACACCAUCGAGAUCAUCUCAUCAAACGGAUAUAACUAACCGUUUACGUGAUUCAUCUCGUGAUCGUGAAGAUGAAUUAAAACAUAUCAGUCCCGUUGUCACCAAAGAACUGAACCGUUUCAAUGAAAACGGUAUAGGAUUAGUUCGUACAUCAUCGACAAAUCAAAUUUUACAUCGUUCAUCAUCAAAUAAUACACUACCUAUAAUAGCGAAUGUUGUUCAACGUGAAAUUGAAUUAAAUCGUCUGAAAGAAGCUGAAUUAAGAGAAUUAGGACGUAUUAUUCAUACAUCAGAUGAACAUUCGGAUCCAAGAAAGUAUACGGAACAAAUAACACAACAAAAUGGUAAUAUACCGAAAAGCCAUUCAGUUAAUACAUUAGUUAAGAUCCGACGAGAUAGUGGAUUUAAUAAUCGUUCAAAUAACGAUACAGAUUUUCAUAAUCAAACACGAACAAGUCCGAUUAUAGCAAAUACAACUAAUAAUGGUAUUUUAAAACAGAAAAAUGCUAUUGCAAUAAAUUCAAAUGAUAAAAAUAUCGUAACUCAACGUAAAAUCAAUCUAAAAAAUGAGAAUACCACAAAAUCUUCUAUUGAACGUCUUGAACAAGAAAAACGUGAAUUUCGAGAACGAGAGCAGGAAUUAAGAAAACAACGAAAUUCCACACUGAAUGGUGAUUCUGGUAAUGUUUCACAAGAAGAACAAGAAGAUGAAGUAAAAGAAGGUUAUUUCGAGAAAAUUGAACGUUUAAAAAGAUCAGAACAUGAACGAACUCAUGCACCACUUGUACGUGGUCCAAAAAAACAAACAAAUCUAGCUUCUCAAUGGGAACAAAAGGUAGCCAAUGGACGAAAAGAUGAUAGUGAUGAUAAUUAG